GACAUGCCGUGCCAGUCUGCUUGCAGACCACUGCAGACGCCAGCCGGUCGAGAAAUUUUAUAGUGUUAGUGUUGAUGAUCAUAACUUUGAUUUUCUUUCAUACAAGUUUACCUAAUUUGGCAUCAACACCUAGCAAUUUAUAACCAGCCACUAAGAGAAUAUUCUUCAACAAUUCGAGUAACCUGACAGUUCAGUCUUUGCUCGCGGCCACAUGAAGUCAUGGUUACUGUAAAUUGUUUCUCAGCAGGUUAUGGACUGAAUAUGAAAUUGAAGUUGAUUUGACUUUGAGGAUUUAUGGUUUUACAUGGACACACCAAGGUUUUUGUUGAGUGUACUUCUUAAAUUAUUCUAGUGGGAUGGUUUUGCACCGAUUUCUUCUGUCAAGAAUUUAUCCAGCUAGACCACAGCUAUUUCAAAGAUACAGACUCUCCACAAUGGCUGAGAUGCAAAAUGCGUACAUUUCCCAUCCAAGUGGAUCUGAAAGAUUUACAUUCACUUUCCAUUAUGUCAAUGAUGGCCUCGGUGUCAACAGGAAAUUUAAUCUUAAUCGUCAGUCCGUUGAAACUGUCAGUACUUUCCUGACUCGAAUCCAGUGUAAUGUUGAAAAAGUUGUUAAUGAAGUCCAUGCCAAAAGGAGACGAAAGGCUGCCAAAAAAAAGGACAGUGGCGAAAAUUUUGACACAGGACCACCACCUCAAGUCACAGUAGAACUGUUGCGAUCUGGAAACCCUGUGCCAUCUGGCGACACUUGCUUAUCUUUGUUGGAGAGUAAGGAUUUAUUAAUGCUGUCCUUGAGUGGAAAGAAAUAUCACAUUGUCAUAAAUCCACCUUGGGUGGAAGAAAUUCAACUUCCAAGAAGUAUUCUUUCCAACUUCCCCGUUUAUCCUUGCAAAUUUGUUGGUACUAACUUGAACAGAAUGGAUAGUCUGUUUGUCUGGUAUAAAAAAACUCAGACUGCUGUUGAUUGGAAAGAAAUCGGUUCUGGUUUUAGCUACACUCCUACAGUUGAAGAUAUUGGUCAUUUAUUGAAGGUUUCAUGCCAUCCCCGUAGAGAAAUGAUAUGUGGCCCCGUAGUGGAAGCAGUUUCAAAAGCACCUGUUGAAGCUGGGCCUGGAGAAUGCCCUUUUGAACUUAGACAUGCAUUCACCAAAGAGAGAGCUGUUGGAGAUAGCUUUCGAGUGAUGACCUACAAUAUUUUGGCAGGCAUGUAUUCUGACACAGAUACUGCCAAAAAUGAUCUGUUUGGUCACUGUCCACCUUAUGCAUUGGAUAUUGAUUACAGAAAACAGUUAUUUAUAAAAGAAAUUUUAGGCUACAAUGCUGAUAUUAUAUGCCUUCAAGAAGUUGAUGAAAGCGUCUUUGAUGCUGAUCUAUUGCCUAUUCUUUCAUUAGAAGGAUUCACUGGUGUUUUCAAUAGGAAAGGUAGUGUCCGGGAAGGCCUUGCUUGUUUUUUAAAUACCAAACGUUUCAGAAUGAUGGAAACUCAUGUUUCUCUUCUGGGUGCUGAGCUUAGUGAGCGUUCAUGCUACAGCAGUAUAUGGAAUUCUGUGAAAAACAAUAAACCUUUGAUAGACCGUUUGAAAGACAGAUCAACUACCUCACAGGCAACUGUUGCUCAGAGUUUAGAAAACCCACAAAAAUGGCUCGUCAUUGGUAACACACAUCAAUAUUUUCAUCCUGAUGCUGAUCAUGUCAGACUUCUUCAGGGUGGUCAAUCAAUUAAGUUUAUUGAAGAGGUUGUCGAGAAAGUGAAAGAAGAAUACCCUACGGCUGAAGUUUCUGUUAUAUUUUGUGGGGAUUUCAAUAGCACCCCAGACUGUGGUGUUUACCAGCUGAUGACUACUGGGUCUGCCCCAGAUAAUUUAGAGGAUUGGAAGAGUAAUGAAAAUGAGAAGAUAUGUGGUCUCUCACUUACUCAGCCAUUCAAAAUGGAUAGUGCUUGUGGUACUCCUCCAUUCACAAACUACACUGUUGGAUUUUCUGGGUGUUUGGAUUACAUAUACUACCAAACUGACAGCUUAUUUGUUAAAGAGGUUUUCCCCCUCUAUCCCGAGGAGGAGAUUAAAAAAUACACAGCUUUACCAAAUGUUGUGUUUCCAUCAGAUCACAUUGCUCUCAUUUCUGACCUUCAGUGGUCACAAUAAGACUCUUCCUGUAAUUUUGUUUCCCCCACUCUUACUGGUAUUGUAAGAUUGUUUAAUUGGACAGGUGGGAUCCAUUAUGUAUUUGGAAGAUAUAUGUUGCAUUGCAUUGCAAACAAUUGUUUGUCACUGUCCUCAAUCAAAAUCAAUGAGACUGUCAUCUUUAAUAUACUGAGCAAUAUUGAUAAUUAAAUACAGGUGUGAAUGAUUUAAUUUUCAUUUAUAUGAGAUGUACAGUUACAGUAGCAACAGAGGUGAAGAUUAAACUAUUUUAUUUGUACAAACACAUGGUUAAUAUAAUAAAGAAGAAAACAAAUA